GCUCUUCCGGUACUUUGAUGUCUUCGCUGCCGAACUGUCUGCGCAGCGCCACAUAGAAACGCCCUUUGACUAUUUACAGCAAAGUACCAGCAACAUGAGAAGUGGUGGCACACAAAAGAAAGUGAAGGUACGCAAAAAUAUAAAGUGUCAGUACUGCGAGCACCAGUUUAGUUAUUUACAUCGUGUGUUGCUCUUCACCAUUGUGCAGCCGCGAUCUCCCUCUGUAGUUUGUAGCUCGCGCUCCGGCUUCUGUAAACAAUGGCCGUUUCUCAAUACCAAGUACGCCAAGUUUGGACUUGCGUCCUUCUUAGUUCGGACAUGCAAGUAACUUAACUUUACCAUCAGUUAAAAGGAUAACAAAUAACAGACUUCAUAUGAAUAAUAAAGAUAAAUAAAUUGAUGAGACAAAAAAAUGUGAACUGACAGAAAUGCGUGUGUCUCAUGUUCGGCGAAUGCGUGGGACUUGAGAGCCCAGGUUAUAUCAACAUAUGUCAAAUUAAGUAACCCGAUAUACACUUAAUUUUAUAAGUUAUAAACAUUCAAUUGAAAUAACUUACAGCAUAUGUAGUAGAUUUGCUUAAAUAGCAUUUAAACAAAGGAACCCCACACGCUGGUGAAAACUGGAAAAAACGUUUUUCUUUUGAUUCCCUGAGAGAAGAUCGAUUAGCAUUGGGGGGUGGCAAAGAAUUGGCAGACCUGGGGGUUGGUGGUUUUUAAUUUUUUGAUUCUGUGUGAAUGGUAGCUGCUAAAACUAGCAGCUUAACCAUGUGCAAUUAAUUACAUUUUGGAAUUAACUUGCUUCAUGUCGUUUUAUUUAUAAACUGUAAAAAUAUUUUUUGAAUUUGUAAGAAAAGUUAGCAUUAAAUAUCUUUUACAAACUCUUGGAUGUUUGUAAUUAUCAUCAUUCAGAAAAGUGGUGCUUGUGUUUAGACUUGUGUUUGACGUGAUUUAAUCAGGAAUAUUACAUUGGUUUCUUUUCAGUGUAGAACAGUUUGUCAAUAUAGUAUAUUUAUAAACAUCACUAAAACAAAGUGAAUUAAAAUGAAAAAAGUAAUAAAGUUAAAGCUGCUGAUAUUUUUGUUUACAUUUACUAGCAUUUGUGAAAAUUGUUUCCUAGCUUUUUUUAAGUAGCCUAAAUCCUACUCCAAUUUAUUUCAGUGUAGGUUUCUCAUUUUUAUCAGCUUUCUUUUGCUUUUCAAAGGGCCAUCUAUCUUUGCUACCGCCAGUGCUUUAAGUGGGCCGGUAGGCGCCAGUACUCAGUACCGUUACUUCCAAAUAGCAGCUCUUAAGCGUACCACCACCUCAGCGUGCGCCCGAACGUGCUUUUAGCGUACCGGGACGCUCAUUUGCACAUCUGUUUAAAUCAGAUGUUUAAUUUAAUAAUUUGGCUGCACUGCUGCUUUUCAAAGCGCCCUUCACAAUGCACGCUUCCUAAUUCGUCCCACCGAGAGCAGAGACUACAUUACCCAUACACCCUUGAGUUUUACUAGUUAAAAGCGCAUGCGGCUUGUUCAACUUCAUGCGGCUCCGCAAGAAUCGACAGCAAGAAUCACCAGCCGGAUGACGUCAAAGUUUCGCGAUAGCGAGACGAAAUAUGAUUUCUUGAAUCAUUCUUGCGGUCCUUUGACGUCAACCGGCUGUCGGUUAAUUUGAACAAGCCUAGUGUUAACAACGUGGUCUGGAGAGGUGUGUGAAACGCGCAACCUAGCUGCUCGGUUAAAAUGAAAAUACUAUGAACACUUAAUAUGCCCUCCUGGUUUUAGAGUCUGAGUAGUAAAAGAACAAGGUCAGAAUCAGAGGACUCGCUGGCUGACAUCCCACCAAACCAUAAUGAUAUCGCUGCAGGUCGGAAGCAAACUUAUUCCAAUACCCUUUUUUGCGUGACAAUCUCCGCUGUCGCAGCUGUCAGUUUGGUUCCCCUCGACGCAACUUCGGAUUUCCUCACACGAUGUACAGAGUAAAAACAUUAUUGAAAUUGUAAUAUACAUUUAGUUUAAUUGCUAAACUACAAGUGAAUUAAAUUUCAAUGAAUUUGAACGACGCGCACAACUUAUAAAAGGAUUUAUUAUUUUACAAGGUUGUCUGUUGACUGCUGUAUAUAAAACCCCUUCAAUAUAGGUGGAGUCGAGUCAGCAAAAAUAAAAAAAUUAAUAUAGUACCGGGCACCUCUUUUGGGCCACUUAAAGACUGGCUACCGCGGUCUCACUCGCUGUAAACAAGGGUUUUGUUUCAGAUGCAUUGAAUGCGCUUGCCCGAUUAAAAGCAUUUUAUGUGUAAUUUAAUCUAUAGAUUAAACUCGUUGCGUUUAUAUUUUGGGUGCAUCUGUUUGCGCUUACAUGAUUUACUAAUAAUUGUAUAUUUUAAUUGAACUGUCUUAAUGGAUUAAGCAUACAUAUUUUUUCACGUUAUUCCUCGAAUAUCCCAGGGGGCUAGAUGUUUUGCCAACAGUUUGACAAUUUGUUAAAUGUUCACAAAAUUCAUAUGAAGGGUGAUUAACAGUUGACUUCUGAAAUUAAAUAAAAAUAACAAGAUAAGAGGUUAUCUUAUAAGAGGUUAUCUAUGGAGAAAUGAGUGCUUGCAGAAUAUGUCAUCUUUUUUUGACGAAUGCUUCAUUCGAAUCAGCAUUACUUUUUUGUUUCUUCAACUUUAAAGAUGAAUAUUCUCCUUUAGAGAUGGGCAUUUUAGAGAUUUUCAGCAAUAGCACAUCAUGUUAAAAUGUAUUGAUUAUUUAUAUGCAUUUAAUAAUAGGCUACCGUAAGAUCAUAAUGUACACACCGUAAAAAUGAUUCAGUGGCUUUGUAAAUAUCUCUAAAAUAAAUGAUUAAAGUAACUUUAUUUCAGUUAAUGUGAUUUUUUUUUUGGUUGGACAAACCAAAAUAAAUUACUAAAAAUAGAACAGAAAUUUUGAGUAAUGUACAUAUUUUAUUUGAUGUAUACCCCUUAAUAAUAAAAGUAUUACAUUUACAGAUUAUUUUAAUCAAUAUAUUUAAGAAGGUCAGAGUUAUAUAUUUAAGUUUUUAAAACUGUAAUAAUUGCACAUUUCAAAUUAAUAUUAUUUCUAUUUAACAUCAACUUGUGUAAAAAUGUGUAAGUUUUACGCCUAACUUGAAGUAUGAUUUACUUAUAUUUUUACAUUGAUAUUAUUUGAGUAAAUGUAGACAAAAAAAUAAAUGAAUAAUAAGUAGAACAAAUGUUAAUUUAAAAAAAUCCCACAGCCAACGGUUUUUAAUCAGCAACAAAGAAACUGCGCCUUUUGCCGAUGACAAACACCUCAGAAACUCCUCAAAUUUAUGAAUAUUUACACACACAAUAUGAUUUUAUUUCCUUACUACAAAAGUAUAACAUAUUAGACAAAUUCUCAGUGAAAUUUAUUUAACACCAUUGCAUACUUUUUAUCGUGUUGCAUACCAUGUAAAGGGAUACAUUAUAAUAUAAAAAGUAGACUAUGUACAGUAAUGCAGAAAAGCGCAUCACAACCAUCUUAAAGCUAUUAAAACGUUCAGAUGCAAAAAUGAACUAAAUGUAAAAUUAGAUAAACUAGUUAAUGAUAUUGCGUAAAUGCUCUCUUCAAAGGUCUUCGCGAAUUAUUUUGUUAUAAGACUCAGUUAUCAUACAUCACGUCUCUUCUACUGUAAGUGCACGGAAAAAAAUAUAAGACAAAUGAUGCGUGUUUGAGUCGGAUUUUUAUGAAGAAUAUGUGUCUUUUAUGUAACUGGCAAAAGAAAACUUCGCCAACGCAAUGUACAGUAGCGGAGUGGCCAUCGGGAGAGUCGGGACAUUAUCAUCAAAAACUUUUAUGACAAAAAUUAUAUUUAAAUGAAAUAUUCUUACAGUUAUUAAAAGAUGCACAUAUUAUUCCAUAGCCUAUUACUCCCGUUUAUGAGCACGAUCAUCUCUUGUCUCGCUCUGUUAUGUUAUAGCUGUUUGAUAGCUGCGCAUCUCCGUCUUUCAAACAGGUAUCAUUUUGUGUAGUUACUCAUUUAGGAAAAUUAGCCAUGAUUUAAUGAUUUUAUUUUUAUUUUUUUUUUGUUGUUGUUGCAGAUUACGAUAUGUAUUACCCCAGUUUUACUACCAAUACGAGACCACAUUGUUUUUACCACGGAGGGCCGGUGGUAUACGAAAUUUCCCGGUAAAUUUUUUGGUCCCACUCCGCCCCUGGCAAUGUUUGCCAAAAAGCCUGCAUUUGUAUGACAUCAAAGUCUUUCGCCUAAACACUGAUAAUCCGUGUCAUGUUACUUCAAUAUCAUACAGUCUACGCUCAGCAUGAAGUCGAGCGCACAAAUUGCCGUCAGUAUGGCCUACAUGAAACACGACUGCCCUCUACAGGUUUUUUUAUUUCCAGCGUCCCCCAUCGAACACCCAUUCUGCAGAAUGCCGCAGAAUUUCGGAAGUGCUCGCGGCAUUCUGCUCUCAGAGACGCGCAUUUUUAAAGGGCACAUCUGUAUGAGGAUCCGGCUUACUUCAUACUCGUCAUGGAGCGGCCUGAUCCUUGCAUGACCUUGCAUGAGUUUAUUAAACUUCAACGAGGUCUGCUGGAAUCAACAGCACGCACCCUAAUGCGUCAGGCAGUCAUGGCUGUAAAACAUUGCUUUAAGCAUGAGAUUUUUCAUACUGACCUCCACGCUUGCAACUUCCUUGUGGAUAAAAACAACAUGCUGCUGAAGCGGAUCGACUUUGGGUGCUGUGACCGAUUAAGAGACACGGCCUAUGCAUAUGAAGAGUAUAUGGGGGCACCGGCUUAUCGGCCACCUGAGGUCCGCAACAGGGGCAGAUACCACGCCAUGUCAAGCAGUGUCUGGUCUCUGGGAACUCUGCUCUAUUAUAUGGUUAAUGUAAACUUGCCCUUUCCCAAAUAUGGGCCAGUAACUGAAGGCAUGAUAAACCACGAGAAUGACUAUUUAACAAAGCGGGAAAAACAGCAAAAUCUGUUAAAAGACAUUGGGGAAGAAGAUAAAGAGCCCCUUUGUUCACUGCUUAGGGAGGAACAAAGUGGUACCUUUCAUACCCUCCCCAGAGCUGAAACCGGGGAAUCCGGGGAAGGCCAAUGAUGAUCUGGACAAAUCACAGAUGAAGACCAGUUCCGGGAUGAAAACUGAUGAGGAUAUUGCCCAUCCCGUGGCACUAAUCACCUACAAAGCUUUAAAUGGCCUAGCACCCUCAAAUCUUGGAGAACUACUAUCAACCUGCAUUAACGACGACAGUGGGGCCUCCAGCCUUAGUCAAACGGGUUGGCACGUAUGGUCGGGUUGCGAUUUUGGCGCUUUCGUGUAUCUUGCAAAUAGUAUGCCAUAAAGACCCGUUUGCCACUGAACCUGCAUUAACGACGACAGUGGGGCCUCCAGCCUUAGUCAAACGGGUUGGCACGUAUGGUCGGGUUGCGAUUUUGCCGCUUUCGUGUAUCUUGCGAAUAGUAUGCCAUACAGACCCGUUUGCCACUGAACCUGCAUUAACGACGACAGAGGGGCCUCCAGCCUUAGUCAAACGGGUUGGCACGUAUGGUCGGGUUGCGAUUUUGGCGCUUUCGUGUAUCUUGCGAAUAUGCCAUACAGACCCGUUUGCCACUGAACCUGCAUUAACGACGACAGAGGGGC